CGUAAACGUUUCUUGUAACUUAUCCAACAGCUGGUCUUCUCGACCACGCGUAUUAUAGGUUAUGUCAAUGUCAACACUUCGCAAAAUGUAAGCAGAAAAGAAUCUGGAAAUUUUAAAACGUUUCACGGAUAAAGAUUUAUAGGAGUUUGUUAAAAUGAUUGUCAAAUUUGAAAAGAUAAUAAGCUGUUCCUCCGAACACCCGAAGUUUCCUGCCGCCAAUCUUCUUCAACGUAAUUCGGAAAAUUGGAAAGCCACAUGGCGAUGUAGCAAACCGGGAGAAAUGCUGGCACACGUCAUCUUUCAACUCGCUGAACCUUCUUAUAUCACUGGAGUCGAUAUUGGCAAUUAUCAGAGUUGUGUGGUGAUUGUCACUGGAUCUACCUCAUCAGAACCUGACAACUGGAUAGUUAUCAUCAACCACCAGUUUAUGACAAACGAUGAAGCUGCAAAUGACAAAUUUAAGGAUCAAGUUCAAUUAUUUACUAAAAGAGAAUUAAAUCCAGACACUUUAAAGAUUAAAUUUGACCGAAUCAAAGUUACUUGUAUGCAAUCGGCCAAUUUAAAAGUAUUGUUUGGAUUGUCAUACAUCAUUCUGAGAUCAGAUCCUACGAUUGAUUUAGGCUUAGAUGUAUUUGGCAAGUUUAAAUUGAAACAACCACAUGUUGUCAAGACACCUAUCGAAAUGAUGAAAGAAAAAAUCCUUAACAAAACGGAAAAUACAAAGACAAAUUAUAAGACAGAGUUACGUGAGCAAAUAAAAAAAGAUUCAAUGGAGAAUUUUGUUAAGUGUCAACAAGAACAAAAACUUAUCAAGAGGCCAUUACUAGAAAAGCUAGAAGCUGGAGAAGCCGAUCAAAUUUUUGGAAAAAAUGAUAAGACUCAACCACAAUGUUCAAAAGAUAAAGAUAAAAUCGUUAAUAAAAGCCCCAAAAUUACUAAAAAUGAAUCAAACGAUAAAAUAGUGAGAACUCCUUUUGGAGACGUUAUACCUUCGUGUAACGUUAAUGCUAAUAAGAAUAAUAUAAAAAAUACUGCUCAGGAUUCUCCAAGUUCUAAGAAACGUCCUUCGAUCAAGUUGGAUGAUUCACCAAAUGCAAAAUUCAAUGGAAGAAAGAAACAAAAGUGUUCUGAAUGCUGUGCAGAUUCGCAGGAUCGAUUAUGUACAACUUGUCAACGAUUGCCAGAGCCCAAAGAACCUAUUAAAAAUGCUCCUUCACAGGCAAGCAAUCAUGUUUCAGUCAAAAGAUCAUUUAAAGAAUUGUUCAACGACGUUACAUUCUCUCUCAGUGGAUACGUUAAUCCACAAAGAGAUGAAAUUAGGAGAAAGGCUCUUGAUAUGGGAGCCAAAUAUAUCCCUGAUCCAAAUACAACUAAUAAAAAAUGCACUCAUUUAAUUUGUGCUUUUAAAAAUACACCAAAAUAUCAACAAUUCAAAAAUCAUACGAAAAUUGUUUCUCAUACUUUUAUUGAGGAAUGUUUUGAUAAAAAAAAGAGAUUUCCUUGGAGGCGAUAUGCUUUAGAUCAAAAGGAGAAAUCGCGACCUGAAAGCGAAGAAGAAAUUGAUGGCAAUCAAUCGGAAUCUGUAUAUGACAUAGACACUGACGCUGAUUCAGAUUAUUAAUAUUUCAAUUGAAUAUUACAUUAAUUAUUA